CGCAUCACGAACAUCGCUGUUUCCUAGGAACCAUUAAAUAUCGUCCUAGCAUCGCAUUCAGACAUGGUCACAGCACACAUUGGCCGCACUAGAUCAAUAUGCAGCUCAUCAAACCUUCAUGGCUGAGCCAUAGUGGGGAGCAGAAGGACUUCGAGGUGUACAGCUGUCAUGUCUCUCCCGACGGCUCUAGGCUGGCCACCGCCGGCGGAGAUGGGCAUGUCCGAGUAUGGUCGACCGAAUCGAUUUAUAACUCCGAAAACCCCAGCUACAAGAAACCUCGACAGCUGUGCCAUAUGAGCCACCACCUAGGCACCAUCCACUCCGUUCGCUUUUCGCCAAAUGGCCGGUAUCUCGCAUCCGGCGCCGACGACAAAAUCAUCUGCAUCUAUCAGCUCGACAGCAACCCACCAUCCCAUGCAGCUUCGUUUGGGACGAAUGAGCCGCCUCCGGUCGAGAAUUGGAAGACAUAUAAGCGCCUCGUCGGGCACGAGAAUGACGUUCAAGACCUCGCUUGGUCAGCGGACAACUCCCUCUUGGUGUCGGUGGGCCUGGAUUCCAAGGUGGUGGUUUGGUCGGGGCAUACUUUCGAGAAGCUCAAGACGUUAGCCGUCCAUCAAAGCCACGUCAAGGGGAUUACCUUCGACCCCGCCAACAAAUACUUCGCUACCGCGAGCGACGACCGGACCAUCAAGAUCUUCCGCUUUACUCCCCCGGCUCCCAAUGCGACACAGCAUGACAUGGCUAACAACUUUGUCCUGGAGACCACCCUCAGUGCGCCCUUUAAGAGCUCGCCACUGACUACGUAUUUCCGGAGGUGUAGCUGGUCACCGGACGGUAACCACAUCGCUGCGGCCAACGCCGUGAACGGGCCCGUCAGUUCGGUGGCCAUCAUAGAGCGGACGCGAUGGGAUAGCGAGAUCAAUCUCAUCGGCCACGAGGGCCCCACUGAGGUGUGCAUGUUCUCCCCCCGCUUGUUCUACACGAAGAAGCCUCAGGAGAACGGCGCAAGCGACAACGGCCAAAGCUCCGCUGGCCUUGUUACAGUCAUCGCGUCAGCAGGGCAAGACAAGACACUCAGCAUUUGGAACACGAAUACUUCUAGACCGCUUGUCAUUCUCCAGGAUCUGGCAUCCAAGUCGAUUUCCGAUCUUGCGUGGACCCCCGACGGGCAGACGCUAUUCGCCUCCAGCCUCGACGGCUGUAUUGUUGCCGUCAAGUUUGACGUCGGCGAGCUGGGCUGGGUUGCCAAGUCGGAGGAAAACGACCGGGCACUGCAGAAGUAUGGAGGUUCGAGGAAAGGCAUGGGAAUCGCCGAAGAUAUCGACGUUCUGCAUCUCGAGAAUCACAGCAAGGCGGGCGAGCUGCGUGGGGCAGAGUCGAGGAUGGGCGCUCUGAUGGGCGACUUCCAACCGGCCGAGAAGGACGCUGCUGCUUCAGCUGGUGCCUCCACUAAUGGGUUUAAACCCGCGACGAAGAGCAGCGAGACGAACAAAGAUGACGAACAGAGCAAAGAGACUCCUUCCGAGGAGAGCGCAGAAAAAAAGGACAGCGCGGAUAAGAAGGACAGCACGGACAAGAAAGAGAGCGCGGACAAGACGGCCGAGCGGAUAGCAGCCCUGAAGUCGAGAGUCACGAUUACCAAAGACGGCAAGAAGAGAGUUGCUCCCCUUCUAGUAUCUGGCUCAGGAACGGGGACAUCGUCCUUACCGCAGUCGCAGCUCGUUGGGGCUGGCUCGGCCAAGGCGGCCCAGAACGACGCACCGCAGACGAUCCUUGAUCUUAGCAAGCCUUUUGAGGGACUGCCAAGAGGUGGCCUUGCCGCGAUGCUACUUGGGAACAAGAGAAAGGCUGCUGCGAUAGAGGGGAAUGACGAGGAAGACCUACCUAGCAAGCGUCUGGCAACGGGACCUAUCGCCAUAAUGACAAACGGCGUCGACGGCGUCGAGCCUGCUCCCCUGACAGCGCCUAGCCACGGGGUUGUUCCGACGCCAGAGUUCCUCAGACCGGCCGUCCUAAAUCCUGCGAUCUCUGUGUCGCAGGUGAGAUUAGCGGUGCCGAAAAUCCGAUCACACAUCCUCCGGCCCCUCGAGCAAGGAAUUCUCCAGGGAGAGAGCACACUCGAGGAUGCCACCAGAGUCCCUGAGAACAUUGUCCUCGAAGCAAAGAACCCGGCUCAGGUUAGAGACCCGUCACGCAUAAGCGCCAUCAAACGAGGCGUCACGCUAUGGCACGAUUAUCUGCCGAGGGCCGUCAUACUUGUGACGGGAAACAAGAACUUCUGGGCGGCUGCUUGCGAAGACGCCGGCAUCCACGUGUGGACUCCGGCAGGCCGCAGGCUCAUGAAUGCUCUCGUGCUGGAGUCGCAGCCAGUAUUUCUGGAGUGCCGCGAGUACUUGCUGCUUUGCAUCACUGCUGUUGGCAUGUGCUACGUCUGGAAUAUCAAGACCAUGUCCUCGCCACACCCCCCCAUCUCUCUCGGGCCAAUCCUCGAGAUAGCCACGGCCUCACUCACCCCACACGGCGCAACGCCCGCGCCCGGCGUCACUUCGGCUCACCUGAACAGCAAGGGGAGCAUCGUCGUCACCCUCAGCAACGGGGAUGGAUACUACUAUGCGACCGACCUGUACGCGUGGCAGCGCCUAUCCGAGUCAUGGUGGGCUGUUGGCAGUCAGUACUGGAACAGCAACGACUCGUCCAUCAGCGCCCUGCAAUCCACGGCUGUGGGCCCAGCCACGGCAUCGAAAGCUGCCGAGGAUGGCGAGACAAACGUGUCGGCUGGCAUUAUCCCCUUCCUGGAGCGCCACACCACGACCGAGUUCCUGCUCAAGGGCCGUGCAUACACGCUCCAGCGCCUCAUCAAGGCUCUCCUCUCUAGGGAAGGAUUCGAAGGGUUUGAGAGCAGUGUCAGUAUCGCCCACCUCGAGAAUCGCAUUGCUGGCGCUCUGUCUCUGGAGUCCAGAGAGGAAUUCCGCCUAUACCUGUUCAUGUACGCCAAGAGAAUCGGCGCAGAGGGGCUCCGAGGGAAAGUAGAGGAGCUUCUCAACAGCCUGCUAGGCGGAGUCCUACGGGAGAAGGAACAGCCCGAAGGCGCGACGGCCGACGAGGGGAAGGGCUGGUUCAGCAAGGGAGAUGUCAUUUGCGGAUGGGAUCGAAAAGAGCUCCUGAAGGGCGUGGUGAUGAUCCUAGGUAAUUACGCACCCCCAUAUCCUCUCUCUCUCUCUCUCUCUCUCUUUUUCUCUCUCUCUCUUUUUCUCUCUCUCUCUCUCUCACACACACACACACACGUUACACACAUGGCGGGAUAACUAACGGCCGCCUCUAGGGAAAUUCCGCGAACUGCAGCGGUUGACGGUUCAGUACGCGAGGAUUCU